CCCUCUCCUCCUCCUCCUCCUCCUCCUCCUGGCCCCCCUCCCCAAAAAAAGAACAGGAGAAGAAGAAGAAAAAAAAGGAGUGUAUCCGCGAGCGGUAGGCUGCCGGUUUACUAUUUAGAGACGGCGAGGGUGCACGUACCGACAAGUCACCGUGGAUUCCCGUGACCAGGACCACUGCUGAGCCACAGAGCCGCGACCAUGGAAGAGCUCACGGCAUUCGUGUCGAAGUCCUUCGAUCAGAAGACCAAGGAGAGCAGCAAGGAGAGUAUCACGUACCGGGAGGUUCUGGAGAGCGGCUUGACGAGGGCGCGGGAGCUGGGCAGCCCGGACACCAACCUGCAGGACAUAACGGAGGGCAGCCACUGCCCGGUGCACCUCUUCAAGGACCACGUCGAGCUGGAGAAGGAGAAGCUCAAGGACUUUAGUGUGUCGAGGUCGAGCGAGGGGAUAUACGAGUGCAAGGAGAAGAAGGAGGACGUGAAGUCGGAGGACGAGGACGCGCAGGGCAAACUGAAGCAGCGGAGGAGUCGCACCAACUUCACCUUGGAGCAACUCAACGAGCUCGAGCGGCUCUUCGACGAGACGCACUACCCGGACGCGUUCAUGAGGGAGGAGCUGAGCCAGCGGCUGGGACUGUCCGAGGCCCGAGUGCAGGUCUGGUUUCAGAACAGAAGAGCAAAAUGUCGAAAACAAGAAAACCAGAUGCACAAAGACAUCUUUCCCUUCUCUCCAGGCGUCAUCCUGGGCAGCGGCAGCCACCUCGACGCCUGCCGAGUAGCACCCUACGUCAACAUGGGUGCCCUCCGGAUGCCCUUCCAACAGGUCCAAGCCCAGCUCCAGUUAGACGGGGUCGCCCACACCCACCCGCACCUGCACCCCCACCUGGCGGCCCACGCCCCCUACCUGAUGUUCCCGCCCCCUCCCUUCGGACUACCCAUCGCGUCGCUCGCCGACUCGGCCUCCGCGGCGGCGGCUGUGGCGGCGGCCGCCAAGAGCAACAGCAAGAACUCGAGCAUCGCCGACCUGCGACUCAAGGCAGGACUCCUGCGGGGCCAGUGGCUCAGUCCACUCCAGGCACAGAUCACAUCCCAAGGACCGUACAAACACAUGUGGAUGUCUGUCUGAGGGGCUC